AUGCCGCCCCGGAUCCCGACCCCAGAAGACUUCACCCCGAUCCAACAAGCCCUCCCCCUGACCCUCGCCUUCCCAGACCCGCCGGAAUCCACAACCGCCAUCCUCAUCCUCUUCCACGGCCUGGGCGACUCCGAGGCCCCCUUCGCCUCCUUCGCCCGCGCCAUGUCCCUCCCGGGCGUCCUCGCAAUCUCCGUCCGCGGACCCUCCCCGCUGCCCCCGUCCAUGCUCCCGGACGACGCAUCCUCGACGACGACGGGACACUUCCACUGGGGCGACGACCUCACCAUGGACUCCGAGACGGACGACCUCUCCCCGGACCCGGGCUUCAGCAGGGCCGCGAACCUCGUCACCGAGAGGCUGAUCAGGGAAACGCUCCUGGACAGGUGCGGCUGGGAGCUGAGCGACAUCAUCCUCUUCGGUUUCGGGCAGGGCGGGUCUCUGGCGCUGGGCCUGGCAUCGCAGCUUCGGCUGGGACCCAAGGUGGUAGAUGUCACCGACGGCGGGAAGGGUCAGAAGGCGGAUGAGGGGACGUUGAAGGGUGUCUUGUCUAUCGGCGGGCCGCUACCUCAUUCCAUGGUUCCAACGGUCAGCACGCGCGGAAAGUCAAAGACGAAAGCGUGUCUUGUUCAGCUCGACGAUGACGCGUUUGAUGCUGUCAAGGAGGAGUUUCUCGACGUCAGGAUGGUGAGGUGGAAGAGGAAGGACGUUGCGAUGCCCCGAGAUCGGGAGGAGAUGUUUCCUUUGAUGAAAUUCUUUGCUGAGUGCCUCAAGAGUGGUUGGUAA